UGCUGGUCUAGUUUCUGGGGACAGUUUUAACAAGCGGACUGACUGGUGCGACGAGUCGUAUAACGUUAGCGAAUAUUCGCAUUAACGUUGAAAACUCGUUAAUAUAAGAGCAAUGCUGUUAACCGCUAGCCGCCUGUCCAAAGUGCUGCAGCUCACCCUGGCGGUCAUGAAACCUGAUGCUGUAGCUCACCCUGUGAUGUUAGAGGCUCUCCACCAGAGAAUCCUGGACAACAACUUUGUGAUUGUUAGAUGCAAAGAUCUUGUGUGGAAGCGACAGGACUCUGAGAGGUUUUACGCCGAACAUUCAGGACGAUUCUUCUACCAAAGACUUGUUGAAUUCAUGUCAAGUGGUCCGAUGCGAGCGUAUAUUUUAGCCAGAGAGGACGCCAUUCGUCACUGGAGAGAACUUAUGGGACCAACCAAAGUGUUCAGAGCCAGAUACACCUCGCCUGCUACUAUCAGGGCCCAGUUUGGACUCACAGACACACGAAACACAACUCACGGAUCAGAUUCUGUUGAGUCGGCACAAAGAGAAAUCCAUUUCUUCUUCCCAGACUUCAGUGUGGAGGAGUGGGUGGAGAAAGAAGAGCCAUCGUUCAGAUCCGGACAAAUGCAUUACGACCACCAGAAACAGAUUCACACACUUUUAACAAAAAGCUGAACCAGAACUGCUGUUACAGUCUCUGAUCCCCCCCGAAGGACCACUUAGAAACCCUGCCAUUGUUC